AUGGAGGACAGGAUUCAGUUCGAUAUCAACGAGUCACUCAAAUAUUACUUGAGUGAUCCGGCCUCCGUUCCCACAAACGAUGCCGACCCGGAACUGCUGGAUUGCGAAAGCGACCUCGAGCAUUUAACGCCAGUAUUGAUCGAUAAUGUGCUCAAUCCCGUUGUAGAUGCUGUGGCUGAGAACCCCGAAGCAGUGGCGAGACAGUCAUUUUUUGACUCACUGCAAUUCCUUCUAAAGUGCGCGAUGGCCCCUUCUCCGUUCUCCGAGUUUUCUGGCCCUGGUGGAACCCAUUCUGAACUUCUUAAUCUCUGCAGAUACUCGUCUUUCCUCCCUACGAAGUCCCUCAGCAAACUCCUCGAUCUGAUAGUGUCCGGACUGUCUGUCGAAGCAGAUAUAAUCCAUGGAGAUCUCGAAGCCGACGAGCAGGAUGCUAUCCAGCACCAUAAACAGCUAUUGGAGAUGUACGGCUUCUUGCUUCAAUGGGCUCUCUCUGCUGUGGAAGUCAAAGCGGCAGAAAAGCCCGCGGAGGCUGCGCCUGCUCGGAGAGGUGUAGGUAAAUCGGGAAGGUCCAAGGCCAGCAACAAGGACGGUACAUGGGACUGGACAGCGCAGAUUCAGAUAUCCAUGGAGACGAUGUGCAAAGUGAUGAAACUUAAAUUAAGCAGGAUUUUCAUGACCACAUCGGACCGCGACACUUUCGUCAACUUGUUCACCCGUGCGAUUUACCUCAUCUUGGAGAGCGAGCAACGGGUCAAGAGCCUAGCCAUUCGAAUGCAUGCUUUCAAAGUUCUUUGCAUUGCUGUGAAACAUCAUGGUCAUGCAUUUGGAGCGCAGACAUCCAUCGUACAAAGCCUGACCUAUUUUGAGCAUCUGUCAGAGCCUAUGGCUGAAUUUUUGCACAUUCUUGCGGAGCAAUAUGACUAUCCACAACUAUCGGACGAGAUAUUGAAGGAACUUGGAAACAAAGAAUUCAACUCGAACGACACACGAGGGCCGAAAUCAGUUUCGGCCUUUAUCGUGAAGCUCUCAGAGCUGGCACCGCGGCUGAUCAUCAAGCAGAUGACUCUAUUGGCCAAACAAUUGGAUAGCGAAUCAUACACUCUUCGUUGUGCUGUUGUUGAGGUUUGCGGGAAUCUAAUUGCGGACCUUAGCAGACAAGAAGAACGCAGUGAGAACUACAAAACUCAAAUCAAUGCGUUCUUCGAUGUCCUAGAAGAAAGAUUUCUGGACGUCAAUCCCUACUGCCGUUGCCGAGCCAUUCAGGUGUAUAUGAGGAUCUGUGACCUCGAACAGAAGUUCCCCAAAAGACGACAGGCAGUUGCGGAGCUGGCGGCAAGGAGCUUGGAAGACAAAAGCAGCAAUGUGCGACGCAAUGCGAUCAAAUUACUUGCGAAACUGGUCUCUACCCACCCAUUUAGUGUAAUGCACGGCGGACAGCUUUCCUACAAAGAGUGGGCAGCUCGUCUCGACAAUGUCGAUGCGGAACUUAAUGCACUACGGCCACCUGAGACACCCGGCUUCGACGGUGGUGAGGCUUCACAUGUCGACAGCGAGCUGUUAGACGACGCGACCCAGAUACCUGAAGAUUCACCAUCGAAGGCACCACGCAUGACCGACGCCGAAAAAGCUGCCGCCAUCCAAAAGGCCGCGGAACAGGCAGCGACAUCCGAACUGCUGGCACGACUGCAGCUGACCAGGAAAUACUACAACGAAGCCAUCCGUUUCAUUGAGGUGCUUCACUCCGCCUCAGCAGUGGUCUCCCAGCUCCUGUCAUCUCGAAAUAAGAGCGAAGUCAUUGAAGCCAUGGACUUUUUUGUAGUGCUUGAUGCAUAUAAGGUUGAGACUGCACGCAGUGGCAUCAGGCGCAUGCUGCGACUCAUCUGGACCAAAGGCAACAGCGAUGAAGGCAAAGGGGUCCAAACCCAUCUGAUUGACUGCUACAAGGGUCUGUUCUUUGAUGCGCCGGACUCGUUCGGCCCCAAUGAUGCCGCAAACUACGUUGCCCGGAACAUUAUCAGUUUGACCUUUGGCUCAACACCUGCCGAGUUGACAUGCCUCGAACAAUUGCUCAGUACCAUGAUGAAAGCCGGUCACAUCUCGGAUGCGGUUAUUGCGAAGCUUUGGCAAGUCUAUGGCGUCCAGCGCAAAGAGAUUUCCAAGACUCAGCGGCGGGGUGCCAUUAUUAUCCUCGGUAUGCUAGCCCUGGCAGAUCCAGAGGUUGUAAUCAAGGAGACCGAAGUUAUGCUGCGCAUCGGACUAGGCAACAUAGGCAGAAGUGAUCUGUUGCUUGCGAAAUAUACCUGCAUUGCGUUGAAGCGAAUGGUGCCUGGACGUCAGGCGAAAUCGAAAGAUGCAGGCAUUCCCAAGCUAGCAAAUGAUCACCCAGUUCUCAGUAAGCUUGCCGCCAUGGUCGAAAUUGUGUCGGAUAGCAAAGAGUGGUAUGGGGUGGCAGAGCAAGCCAUUGGAGCCAUAUAUACGCUCUCAAAGCAUCCAGAUGUCCUUUGCUCUGAUAUCCUAAAGCGUAAGACUAGGGCUGUGUUUCAGCCGCAGCUGCAACGGCCUUCUUCCAACGCCUCUGGCGAUGAAGACGAGCAGCGCCCUGGAACAGCCUCCACUGAUGGUCAAGGCCCCCGGCCAAAGACAUCUUCUGCCGCACUGUCUCAGUUGCUUUUUAUUGUCGGCCAUAUCGCUAUUAAGCAGAUUGUCCAUCUUGAGUUAUGUGAACUUGACUUCAAGCGUCGCAAGGCAGAACAGGAGAAGCAUAAGGCUGGCAAUACAGCCGCUCACAAGGACAAUCAGACGGGCGAGGAUGAUGAAUUGGACCUGAUUGGUGGGACGACCGAAGAUGACUUCACGGAGGCCAUGUCUCACAUUCGAGAACGGGAAUUGCUCUACGGAGAGAAUUCUCUCCUGUCGAACUUCGGGCCUCUGGUUGCGGAGAUUUGCGCUAAUAGUAACGCUUAUCCCGAUCGCAACCUUCAGGCGGCAGCGACUCUGUGUAUGGCCAAGCUGAUGUGCGUGUCAGCCGAGUAUUGCGAAAAGAACCUCCCCCUCUUGAUCACCAUCAUGGAGCGCUCAGAGGACCCGACCGUCCGCAGUAACGCGGUUAUUGCUCUUGGGGAUAUGGCUGUUUGCUUCAAUCAUCUCAUCGACGAGAACACAGAUUUUCUAUAUCGUCGGCUCAAUGAUGAUGAUGUAUCCGUCAAGCGCACUUGUCUGAUGACACUCACAUUCCUUAUUUUAGCUGGACAGGUCAAAGUCAAGGGACAGUUGGGCGAGAUGGCCAAAUGCUUGGAGGAUGAUGACAAGCGCAUCGCUGAUUUGGCUCGCAUGUUUUUCACGGAAUUGGCGACUAAGGACAAUGCAGUGUACAAUCACUUUGUCGACAUGUUCAGUCUGUUGAGUGCUGAGCGGAAUCUUGAAGAGACUGCUCUGAGACGUAUCGUUAAAUUCCUGAUCGGCUUUGUUGAGAAGGAAAAACAUGCCAGGCAGUUGGCCGAGAAACUUGCUGCUAGACUGCCUCGGUGUGAAACCGAGCGACAGUGGAACGAUGUGGCUUAUGCUCUGUCCCUCCUGCCUCACAAGAACGAGGAUAUCACAAAGACAAUAAGCGCAGGUUUCAACAAAGUUGUCACUACAAAUUCUUGA